UCUCUGCAGUAUAAAUGCACUAACGCCUGCUGAGGAGAGUCAGACUAUUAGCAGAGUAUCACCACUGCACCAGCAAGUGAAACGCCUCUGGAUUACUUUCUACACAGACUCCUGAAGCCGACCCACGAGUACUUCAACACAGAUUUCAGUCACGAUGCAACUGAUUCUGCAGUCAAUCUUCUGCUGCUGCCUGCUGGCCACCGUUGCACCCAGUGUGGACAGUGCAAAACACGACCUGAAAAGAAGUGUCUGGCUGCAGAGAUCAAAAAGGGAUUUGAGCCUUGCUGCACUGAGGACUUUAGAUAACAGCCAGUUUGUCAGACCUGACGAUGUCAAAGACAACUUAAGGCCACAUUCCAGCACUGACAUCAGCAUUAGGACGAAACGCUCCAAGAACUCCAUCAACCAGUCCAGGAGAGCAGGCUGCUCGCUCGGCACCUGCACGGUGCAUGUUCUGGCACACCGUCUCCAUGACCUCAACAACAAGCUCAAGAUCGGAAACGCUCCCGCCGACAAGAUCAACCCUUACGGGUACGGCCGGCGGCGAAGGUCCGUUCCAGAGAAGGUGCUGACACUGCGACAGGAGGGCGGCAGGCUGUGGACGGCAUGGUGGAGCCGCUCGAACUCUCAGUCGCGGCUGCACAAGCUAGAAGCGCUGCUCAGACGGACGUGAGCGCACUGAGCGGGAGCGCUCAGGGACGCGGCGACAGAGGCUCGCCGGCCAACUAUGAAAUUCUACAAAUGCCUCAGACUCCUGCCAAGAGUUCUCCAGCGCAUUCUUUUCCAAGCACAGGGGCUGGAAGAGCAAUCGUGUCUCCUGAAGGCUGUCCUCGGAGGAGAAAACGACAAAGCAGCUGUUGGAAACGAGGGGAGAUGCCGACGGAGCAACUGAACAAGUGUGCCUGGGAUAUGAGCAAGACAUCAUUGCACUGAAGUGGACUGGCCUCAGGGAAAAGCAGAACCUGGGACAAACUGACUGCCCUCUCGGUGGGAUUACGGCCCCUAGUUUAGCCAGAAAAGUCUUUGGACUUCAAGCUGAGAUUCAUGAUUCGAGAAGGGAAUACACACAGACAGAGACUUUUUAAAUGGUUUCUAAUUUGGAAUCACAUUUCUGGACACUGUAAGCAAGAAUGAUUAUAUGGAUUGUCUGUGCCAGUCCACAGGGAUUGUAACUUACUUGAACUUUGUUGUUGUUAUUGUUUGUAUAGAGAUAUGUGCAAUCUAUUUCAUUUUUUAUUGCAAGUAUAUGUAUAUUUGAAAAAGAAAAUGUUUAAAGAUAUCACUAUUUAAUUGUUUUAUAUUACUUUAUACUACUUACAGAGAUAGAGCUAUUUUUAUACAGGGAAAUAAAUUAGGGCAUUGAAGGUAGCGUUAUUAUAUAUAUUAUUCAUUUAUGUCAAGGAUGUCUCAAGCUGUUGUACUAGGAUAACUUUUUACACAAUUAUAUAUUUGUAAAUGGGAUCUAUUUUAUUUGUGUGUAUGUAUGUGUGUGUGAGAGAGAGAGUGAACAUUGUCAUUCAAUAAACUUUUGCAUACAACUAAA